CCCACCACGAUAACAACGCAUGCGUCGAAAAGUUCCACGAUCCGAGUUCCGAGUUCACUAAUACAGUAAUACCGACGGCGCCAUUUGUUUGGACGCGCUGUAGUCAUCGUUUCACGUUGGAGUAACUCGUCGCUUCGGAGCAAGAGGAUCCGCGGUGGCUAUGCCCGGAGGAUGUCGCGACUAUGAGCUGAUUCCCACAAUCGGAGUUCCUGAUUAUCAUGCUGCGGGGAACAAUCACAAUUAUCUCGCGAACCGAUAGCAACGUACGGCCGUCUCGUUUUAACGGUGUUUGAACGAGCUGUGUCCCAUUCUGCAAAGGGAAGGUGUCGUGAACAAGGAUGUCUCUGAGCGCCAGCGCUGAGAAUCUGUCGUCCGAGGGACAACAGAAUAGCGAGAGAUGGAACAUGUGUCUGGAACUGGCGCUCGAGGGCGAACGCCUGUGCAAGGCUGGCGACUGCAAGUCCGGGGUGGCGUUCUUCCAGGCGGCAAUCCAGGCCGGCACGGACGAUCUGCGGAUAUUAAGCGCGAUCUACAGCCAACUGGGCAACGCGUACUUCUACCUGGGUGACUACGUCAAGGCGAUGCAGUAUCACAAGUUGGACCUGACUCUCGCUAGGAAUAUGGGUGACAAGCUGGGCGAGGCCAAGUCCAGCGGAAACCUGGGCAACACGCUGAAAGUUAUGGGCAAGUUCGACGAAGCCAUGAUAUGCUGCAAGAGGCACCUGGAGAUCUCCAGAGAGAUUGGGGAUAAGCUUAGCGAGGGAAGAGCCCUGUAUAAUUUAGGAAACGUAUAUCACGCGAAGGGCAAGCAAGCGGGUAGAAUAGGUCAUCAGGAUCCAGGAGAAUUCUCCGAAGAUGUUCGACAGUGCUUGCAACAGGCUGUGCGCUAUUAUGAAGAAAAUUUAGAACUUAUGAGGGAACUGGAGGAUUCUGCGGCUCAAGGUAGAGCAUGCGGCAACUUGGGCAAUACGUUCUAUUUGUUGGGCGAUUUCCAACAGGCCAUUUAUUAUCACAAUGAACGUUUAAAGAUCGCCAAAGAGUUUGGCGACAAGCCGGCGGAGAGGAGAGCCAACAGCAAUUUAGGAAACUCGCAUAUAUUUCUAGGCGAGUUUGAAAAGGCUGCGCAGCAUUACAAGAGGACCUUAGUUCUUGCACAGGAGUUGGGAGAUCGCGAAGUAGAGGCGCAAGCAUGCUACUCUUUGGGAAACACUUAUACUCUCCUACGCGAUUACUCGGCGGCCAUCGAGUAUCAUUUGUGGCAUUUGGGUAUAGCCCAACAAUUGAAGGAUCGCGUUGGCGAAGGACGUGCCUGCUGGUCACUGGGCAAUGCGUACGCCGCGAUGGGCAAUCAUGAUAAAGCGUUGCACUAUGCGAAUCUGCAUUUACACAUCUCGAAAGAGCUGGAGGAUCAAAUGGGCCAGGCUACCGCGCAGAUGAACGUCGAUGAUUUACAGAAAAUUCUCGGUCUAGAAAAGAGUCAGCAGGAGAACAAUAAGGAAAAUCUAAACACGCAGAAAUCGACCUCAAACGCGACGUCGAAUGUCCCGACAACUAUGCCCUGUAGAUAUAGACUCAGACGACAAAGCAUGGACAAUCUCGAUCUCAUUAAGCUCACACCCGACGCAAAGCAGAAAGAUAAGUCGGAAAUCGUGUUAGACAAAGACGACAAUGUUGCGUCGCAACCUUCUCAAAAGGAGGAAGAUAACUUCUUCGAUCUGCUGUCCCGGUUUCAGUCAGGCAGAAUGGACGAUCAACGUUGCGCGCUCAACACGAAGCGCAAUCCAAAAUACCGAACAAUCACGCCGGAAGUAUCAGAUAUGGACGACAAGGAUGGCGAAGAUUUGCUGGAAUUAAUCGCUGGAAUGCAAAGCAAACGGAUGGACGAGCAACGAGUGACCUUGCCCUAUCUGCCAGGACUGAAUACCAAUCAGGACUCGGACGAUUCCUUCAUCGAGAUGCUCGUUAGAUGCCAGAGUUCGCGUCUAGAGGACCAGCGAAGUCCUCUACCGGCUGCAUCAACAUUGCAGGACGCCGAGGAGGAAAGGGGCCGAAGAGCCAAUGGUAAAACUCAAUCAGGUUCCACCGUGCCCGAGGAGGACCUCUUCGCUCUAAUCCAAAGACUUCAAGCUGGUCGGAUGGAGGAUCAAAGGGCUUCCGGACCCGGCAAGGCAUGUUAAACCCGAAAGCAGACGGUGACUUAAGUCCUCACGAUACCUUCCAUUUACUAAAUUCUUUCACGUAUACUCGAUUAUAUCAGUGCUUUCGUUUGCUCGUCUCAAUUUUGCUUUCUUGGUUACUUAAUAGAAAAGAGUUGAUACUAUACUUGAACGGUCUGGUUCUGAUUCGAAAAGGCAACGACUCGAAUCACCUAGUUGUGAGAACCAAGCACCGUGCCGGAGUGCGAAGACGUUUUUUUUUAGAUGUUACCAAAAAGAUAAUGAGAUUUCAAAAUACUAGCUACUAGCGCUUCGUGUAAAAAUGAAAUAUAGGUCUUUUUUGGCUAUAAGAUGUUAAAAUUUUCAAAAUGACAUUUCGUUCCUACGCGCACGCUUUCGCACUGAUAAUUGGAGAAGAAUGCCUGAAACGCGACUUACUAACUAAGUACAGUAGAUGAGCGCGGAACGAUGUUUAAACAGUAUUGAUCAAAUUUAGUGGUGUAAAGGCGAGAAAUCCACGUGUCACAUAAAAAAUAAUUAUUUGCUACCCUGUCACCGAAAAUAUGAUUCCAACUGAUUGUGAGAUACUUUGCAUAGACGUCAAGACUUAACUCAAGAUACUUAGAAAGUACUUAGAAGAUAUAUGCAGACCUUUGAUAUUUAUCAUUUGGAGAGCCAUUUUUCCCUCUUUCCCUGCAAAUGUGGAAAUAAUUAAUUGAAGAAAUGAACUCGUUUUUGCACUCAGGCCUUCGAUUCCGUUCAGAUAGACUUAAUUAUUCAUUCGUGUAGAUCGCCGCGUCUACAACGGUAAAUAAUUGAUACUCCUGUAAUCGAUAUUCCGUAGUUUAGCGACUGCUAGAAACCGGUUUUGCGAGAAAGCAUUAUAGAACAAUGCAAUAAUGAGUUUUCAGUUGACCGUCUAGUAAUAACGACUGCCGUUAGUUUCUGGCUACUUGAUCGUGGAAAUUAUUGUAUUAAGUAAUACGAAACACAUUCGGUGAAUAAGUUAUUUGCCAAUCGUGAAUAAGUCGCGAGUGUUAUAAAUGUAAUGCGUUUGCACGAUGAUGGUCGUGAUUUAUGUGACAUGCCAGUAAACUAGCAUCGGUUUUUAGUAUUAUCAAGAUUUUUAUAAUGCCUGCUUUACACGGGUCUGUAAUUGCGCGUGCGAAAACAGGUUUUUCCGAACACUGCCAGUUUGAGGGCGUGAAUUAGGUUUCCGGACGUUCGCGUUCGUGACAAACGCGGAGGGCCUUUCGAUAUUCACAUUCUCAAGAGAUUGUAGGUUUAUUAUUUUAUAUACACAUAUAUAUAUAUAUUUUUCAUGCGUAUUCCGAUUUACUUCCAUCUCUAUAAGGAGAAGCGGGAUUAUUUUUUUAAAGAAUAUAUUACGCAUAGAGACGUUAUACAGUGGAUGAGAAAAGUAUUCGCGCACCGCCAAGUUUCGCUAUUAGUAGACCUCUUGAUUGCUAAAUAAUAGAUGACACCAACAAACAAAUUGUGUAUUGUACAAGUCAAAAAGUAAAGUGUGCAUAUAAUCUUUUACGACAUAGAAUAGAAUAUUAUAGAGCAUUUUUUUCGCUCCUCUGCAAAAAGAAGUUUUUAAUAAUGAUUGAAGUCGUAUAUGCGUCACUUGGCUUUUCUAAAACUUUUAGAAAUCUAUAUUCACGCAAGAUUUAGCUAUUGCUAUCAUCAAUUGCAUUCUACGUGCAAAUACACUUUACUUCUUGAUUCACUUUCACAUGUGAGAUAUAUAAUUCCUGGAUUAAAUAUUUUUGAGGGAUUUUAGAUAGAGGGAACGAUAGUGGUUUUUACAAAUCACUGUGCAUGAAUAUUAGUUUUUGCUUGCUGUAUGUUCAAUAGGACGGAAACUUGUAGCGAAUAUCAGUGCCAAAGAUUCUCGAUUACUUAAAAAAAAAGAAAAGAAUCCGUUAAAAGGGUAAGAAAAGCAAGCUUAUAUCGACUGAAUCUCUAUCGCGUCGUUGUCGCACGAAUUCUUUCCAUGAAGGCUUAUUAUCGUUGUAUUGUAAGUGUACUGACGAUCAUGUUUAAUGUAAUGUCUAACAUUAUUUCAAAUUGGCGAGAUGUUAAAUAGUAAUUCAUCUCGUUGUACAAUAUUUAUUCUCAGCGGUUAGAGAAUUAGGCCCUUGCAGUGUAUUUUCAAUUUGAGAUAUGUACAAUCACGGAACUUUAAAAACGUCGUAUUUGUUAUAUGUUAUAUACAGAAUAACUGUCAGUAGUUUAACAAACUUUUAUUUAAAGACUUAAAUUGCAGCUGAUUAGCCGAACGUGAAGAACGUAUUUAGCGCCUUAUAUGUUCUAGUAAUAAAAUAUAUGUAUAUAAUUGGGUAAUUCCAUGCCGAUUAAAACGUCGACUUAGCGACGAGCCAAAUUGCAACGACGUUGUCAUGCGAAAAAGGAGCUGUCAAUAAUAUAAGAAAUAUAAGUUAACAAUUGAUUCAACAAGAGUGCAAGAAUAGUGAUAUGUUAAUUGCCGAAUCGAGAUCGCUAUCUUUUGCUAUAUAUUGUUAUGAAGUUAUUAUAAUUGCAAAAACAUUUGUACAUACAUGAAUAGAGCUUUGAUUUGGCUCAGCGGAGGAAGGGCGAAAACUAUUACCUAAACCUAGACUAUUAACUAAAUGACAAAUCACACUGAUCGUAGGACUUUCGCGAUCCUUCGUGGAAUUUCUUUUUUUUACCAUUAUUUUGCUAGAAUAUAUUCUAGAUUAUAAUUACUUUACCUUAAUCUUUUUUUAUAUAUACAUUCGUUAUACUAGACAUUAAUGAUAUAUGUUCUUCGUACUAAUCGAUAGGCGAUAUGUAACUUUUAGUUUCAUGACCAUCGAGAUAUAAAUACAUUCCAUUCUGUCCAUAUAUGAUAGUGUAUAAUAUAUAAAGGAUCAAUAAAAAAUAUAUACUUUUUGCAAAA